GUAAGUUACAAUGAUUCCCUUGCAAUGCUCCACUCAACUCAGCCCCAUCAGAAUCACACUUGCAGCCCCUCUUGCGUUUUGCCUCCGUCCACUCCGGGCUCUUUUUCUUCGCUCCCGCUCUUCUUUUUCAACUUCUUGUCCCGCCAUCGAUCAGUGAUUCCCCAUCCCACACAACCACUAAACGCUUUUUCGUCUCUUCGCUUUCAAUUUUCUUCUCGUCUCGUCUCGUCUCGUCUCGUCUCCUUCAGUAAUAUUUCUAUUCCCUCUCGUCAUCUCUUGAAUUACAUUCCAACCGACCCUUUGUCAUUCUUCAUACCAUUUCCUUUUUCAAAAGUCUGUUUACCAGGAUUCCAGCGUGCUGGUCCCUUGAUUUAUUAUCCACCUUGAAAUAUCAACGAUAUAACGGCUCUGUUUCUUCCGUUUUAUUUGCCACGACCACGCCAAAAUGUCGACAUUCUUCUACCAGCAACAGCAGCAUACUCACCACGGCGCCGCUGCCCAUAUGCAAUCCUCCAAUAACCACCAUGGUGGGCGCUCUCGGCGAGGACCCAAGAUGGCUGCUCAAAGCGCCCAGCGCCAGUUCCGAGGUGUAAAAAGCAUGAGGGAGCUCGCCGAAGCUCCUGCAGUGACUGCUUUCCGCGCAAGGUUCGAGGCUGGAAGGUCUUUCGAUUUGGAUGAUGACCUGGAAUUCUGCCCCAGUCUCCUGACCGAGGACGAUCUUCACUCAAUUCACUCCGCCUCCUCAGAUCGGUCGUCUCUCUCCAGUGGCUCGCCCGACACCUCCCCCCUCCAGCAUCAAAUCCAGCCUGUUCAGCAGGUCACCCCGUCUAUCUCCUUGUCUCCCGCAUCUACCAAUUCUUAUGUUCACUCCGGCAUUUCGGGUAAUCUUAAUCACGUGAACUUCCAGCAGCCAUCUGCCGUUCGCACCCGCAAGGUCAUCCCUAUCGUCAACCCCCAUACUGGCAUGACCUUGACAAGCCCGCCUACGUCUAUCUCCCCCGCCUCGAUGCAGAAUGCUCAACGUCGCUGGUGAGGACCGCUAUAUCGCUAGUCGCCAUGUCACUAGCCAAGGGGCUGCGCCCAUCACAUGUCUUCCACUUCGUCCGGCUUCUGCACCAUCGGGUUCCCUAACCGCGGGUCUUAAUUUUCAUUGCCUUGUUUAUUUUUACUUUUUUUUUUGAUAUGGCCAUCGCAUCUCUUACGACUAAACCGAUAUUUCCCCUUUUUUUACACUGCGAUAAAAGGCUAAAUCAGUUUCUCCUGUAUAUACACCCUCCUCCGAUGACGAUCUUGAGCACUUUUAUCUAGAGUGAUGCUUUCGACUUUCUGCGAGCGACGGCGCCUGCGAUUCGAUUUUUGCAUAUUUCACAUUUCAGACGAUACCUUGUUUUCUAUUCUUCGGUUAGGGAAAAUACGUCCUUUUGACCUCGUGGUUUUGGCCGCGGUGAUGUAUAGAAAGUGCGGCGAUCUGCCAUCUUGGCGCGCAUCUUUUUUGGUCCGGAGUUUUUU